UUGACAUAGGAAUAGUAUUAUGUUAUGUCAGAUAUAUGUUGUUAUAAAAUUGUAAAGAUAUUCAUAAUAUUAGUGUAACAUAAUCUUUCAGUGCAAAGUUAAAAACUUUCAUACUUGUAAUUUUACUAAACAUCAAGUACUACAUAUUCUAUAUACAUGGCCUUGGCAGUCUGUACCAACUUUACUAUAAAUAUUUCAACUCUAUGCCCCUCUCAAUCAUGUUAUUGAAUGAAUAUUUUCUCCAGGUAAACAUGUAAUGGAAGUAGGUUGUGGUUUUGGUUUGCCAGGAAUAUUGGCAGUUAAGUGUGGAGCAAAGAAGGUUGUAUUUCAAGACUAUAAUCAUUUCGUUAUUUUUAACGCCACUGGCCCAUCAGUGUUUCUUAAUGAGUGUAAAACAAAAGUAAGUGAUGACGCAACACCAGAGCCAAAGCGUUUGAAAACAGAGGAUGACAAUGAUGUUAUGGAUUCUUUUGAAAAAUUCCUGGAAACAGAUAUCAAAACUGAGUGUCAAUAUUCUUUUAUCAGUGGAGAUUGGGGAGAAGUGGCACAAAAUGUAGACAUAAAAUUCGAAACUAUUCUUACAGCUGAGACAAUAUAUGACGUAGCAAACUACGAGAACCUACACGGGUUGUUGGAGACAUGUUUGCAUCAGAAUGGGUGUGUGAUUUUGGCAGCGAAGUCCUUUUACUUUGGUGUGGGGGGAGGUAUUGAACUUUGGAGAGAAUUCGUGAAAAAGAAGAAUAUUUUUAGAACAGAUGUGGCUGAGGUUGUAGAGGCGUCAGUCAGAAGAGAAAUAUUAAAAAUGACAUUUAUAGAUGCAAAACCCUCCAAAAAUAAGGACAAGGUAAAUGAGUAACAUAAAUUCAUACUCUGUAUCAUUGCUAUUGCUGGCUGACUGGGAGAUCCUUUUUCAAGAUGAAACUUUGCGCUAUAUAAAUAUAGGUUUAUCGAAAGUACAACUACUAAGUUGAUUAUUCCGUUAUAUUUUGAAUAAUUUUUUUUGCUCGUUUUAGUUUUACAUCAGCCGCAUCUUGGCUGUUUUCGUUAUCAUUAAAAUAUUUUUCCGCUUCUU